AGCGACCGGUAGCAUCCGUUCCAUGCAGAGGAAAAGCAGAUCCACUUAGCCUAACUACCUGGCCCAAGCCCGUGAGGAUAUUCAUCAGGUGUCACCGUCUCGAAUCAAUCUCGAACAGCUUCAAAGCUUCGGAAAAUGGCUUCUUCCCUAAACGUUGAGUCGCCCAAUGUGCACUACAGUGAUAAACAUAUCGAAGUGGACUACCAGUACCAGACCACGUCGGUUCUCGCGGAAGGCCCUGCAGGAUACACGGUGCGCCCCGAAACUACCGAGUUGAGCAUCCGCACGGAACGCCAUGUGCCCAAGCUAGGUCUGAUGCUCGCUGGAUGGGGUGGAAACAACGGUUCCACGUUGACGGCCGCUCUGGAAGCAAACAAACGUGGUCUGGAGUGGAGAACCCGCACCGGCAUGCAAAAGGCCAACUGGUUCGGUUCGAUUACGCAGGCAUCGACCGUCCUGCUGGGAACCGACGCCAACGGGCACGACGUUCACAUUCCGAUGAACAAGCUGGUCCCGAUGGUCAACCCGGACGACAUCGUGGUCGAUGGAUGGGACAUCAGCUCGAUGAACAUUGGCGACGCCAUGGUGCGUGCCAAGGUGCUGGAAGUGCCCCUGCAGGACCAGGUGUACAAGAAGCUGUCCCAGCUGAAGCCCCGCCCGUCGAUCUACGAUCCGGACUUUAUCGCGGCGAACCAGGCCGACCGUGCGGACAACACCAUCCCCGGAACUCGCUACCAGCAGUACCAGCAGAUCGUGAAGGACAUCCAGGACUUUAAAAAGUCCUCAGGCGUGGAGAAGGUGGUCGUUUUGUGGACCGCCAACACCGAGCGGUUCUCCGAGGUUCAGAAGGGAUUGAACACCACCAUGGCCGAACUGGAGAAAUCUCUCAAGGAGAACAAGUCGGAAAUCUCACCGUCGACCAUCUUCGCGAUGGCAGCUAUUGCCGAGGGGUGCAUCUACAUCAACGGAUCGCCGCAAAACACCUUCGUACCUGGAGUCAUUGAGCUGGCUGAACAUCACGGAGCUUUCAUCGCUGGCGAUGAUUUCAAGUCGGGACAAACUAAGCUCAAGUCGGUGCUGGUGGACUUUUUGGUUUCGGCCGGUAUCAAGCCGGUCUCGAUCGUGAGCUACAACCAUUUGGGUAACAAUGACGGACGCAACCUGUCCGCGCCGCAGCAGUUCCGCUCGAAGGAGAUUUCAAAGAGCAAUGUCGUUGACGAUAUGGUCGCCUCGAACAACAUCUUGUACAAACCGGAAGAGCAUCCCGAUCAUUGUGUGGUUAUUAAAUACGUUCCGUAUGUUGGUGACAGCAAACGCGCCAUGGACGAGUACACGAGCCAGAUCAUGCUCGGCGGUCACAACACGCUCGUGAUCCACAAUACCUGCGAAGAUUCGCUGCUUGCGUCGCCACUGAUUCUGGAUCUGGCCAUUUUGGGUGAAUUUUGCUCUCGUGUCCAGAUCAAGAAGAAGAGCGACACCGAAUACUUGCCGUUCCGAUCGGUUCUCUCGAUUCUGAGCUAUCUCUGUAAGGCGCCGCUGGUACCGCAGGGUACGCCCGUGGUCAACUCUCUGUUCCGGCAGCGAACCGCCAUCGAGAACAUUAUGCGAGCCUGUGUUGGUCUCCCGCCGCUCAGCCACAUGUCUCUGGAGCACAGGUUCAACCUGAACGUCUCCUCGGUGGAGCAGCCCCCGGCGAAGAAGAGCAAGGUCGCCAAUGGCUCCGUGACGAACGGAACUCACCAUUCCAACGGUACCUACACCAACGGAAACGGCGUCCACGUUGAUUGUUAAAGUGGGCACAAAAAAAAGCAGUGCAAAAAUAUCGAGUUUUCAAAAUUCCCGUAGAUAUUAAGCCAAGUAAAGAGAGAAAACAAAAAUCAAUACAGUACAGGAAACACAUGCGAAGGCGUUACGCUCCCAGCUGCAAUCCAUUUCCGGUUUUCGGAUCUCGAAAGAGCACACAAUUCGCAUGUAUCUCGAAGUCUCGAAUGAGAGGUGGUGAUUUUCGCUUGUGUCGUUGGUAAAGUGUUUCGAUAUUAGUUUCAACUGAUGUUGAGAGCACUUUGGUAACGACAUUGGUAACAUUUUUGUAAAAUGGAAAAAAAUGAUUAUGUUUAAGAAAAUUUCCAGUAUCAACAAUCAUGGCCUAGACGUAAAGGUGGUGUUGUUCGUAUAGAAAAAAAUGGUGCAAAUAUCAUUCAUACGUUGAGAAAAUUCCAUUUCGUAAAAACUAUUAAAAACUGUAUCAACUGAACUGAACGUUACAAGAAACUGUGUGGGUAGCGUGGAAAAUGCUGUAGAAGUAUUUGAGAAGGUAUAAAAAAUCAUAAACUGACUUCAUUGUAACUUUGUGCUUAAUCAGGUGCCAAAAGAUUUUGUAAAUUAAGAAAAGUAUAAUAGUGCAUCACUGCACACUGAUAAGGCCGUUGCCAAUAUUUUUUGAAGUUUAUGUCCCUCGGCUCUGACCAAAGUCGAGGGGGGGGGGAGGGGCAAAAAAAUAAAAAAAUAUAAAAAUUGAAAUUACAAGCCUAGGUUUCAACAUUUGUAUGAAAAAAGUGUUUUAAAAUGCAUUUUACAGGCGUACAGUUGCUUUCCAAUCAUUAGUUUUAAAAAUAUCGAGGUAUUGACGGAUUUUUUUUUUCGCAGAAAUUUUUUUUUUCGUGGGACUGUACAUUGGUAUUUCAUGAACAUUUAAAAUGUUUUUAAAGGAGUUCAAACAUGCUGAAUAUGAUUAUAAACGCGGGAAAAUGCAUUUUAACUGGUUUUCAGUCGAUUGAACUUUAAUUUUCAUUAAAAUUUUGAAGUUUUUCGAAAAAAUAUUUUUUUUGCCCCCUGAUUAUUCAGGCCAAUUUUGAAAGGAGGGGGGGGGGGGGGGGCGACAUAAACUUUGAAAAAUAUUUGCAACGGCCUAACAUGUAACUCCUAAACAAUUGUCCCCCCGUAUCAGUAGUAAUUACAGUACAUAUACCCUGAAAUCCAAGCCACAACAUUUGUCAGUAAGCUCCCAUGCUCAUACAAGCUCAAGAAGCUUGGAUUUGGAGUGUUGAUUGAUGUACUUCUACAAGACAACUUAUAUGUAACCAACUCUUUGAAAAUAUAUAAACCAAUCCGAAUAAAAAAAUAACUUUUUAGCAAUUGCUCACAAAA